GCUGCGAGUAUGACAACAAUACAGCAUGUUCCACUGAAAACUUGUUGAUUUCAAGAUGCCGUCCGAACGGAGGUAUAUCCGUGGAUCAAAACUUGAUGAGGCAUCUUGGAUCGAGAGAGGCUCUUGGACUGAUGAUAAGCGAAAUCAGCAAUACAGAGGCUUCAUUCUGAACAGAGAAGAAUAUUGGGAAAAUGACACUGUAUUUGUGUCAUCAGAAGAUAAUGAUGGAGAUACAACAACUGCUUACAUUGGAAGAAUCAAAGCAUUAUAUGAGACCAGUAUAAAGAAGGAUGUGCAGAAGAUAGCCAGUUUAGUUUGGUACUGGCGCCUCAGUGAGCUCCCCAAACAAGACCUGUGUAAACUAUCGGAUGUGAGUGAUGACCGUGAGGUUUUCCUCAACACAGAUAAGCUGGUGGCCCAUGAAGUGAAUGUAGACACCAUCAUUGGCAAAUGUGUGGUUGAGGAACGAAAGUCUGCGCCAGUAGGAAAGAAAUCAAAAGAAACGUUGCCACACUUUUUCGUUAGAAAAUCCUACCGAAGGGGAAAGUUCACAGAUUUGGCUGCAGCCAAUGAGGACUGCAAGGAAAACUCUCACACAGGAACUCCUGCCAAAAUGCACGGUGCCAAACCGGGACAGAAUGGACAUGUUUCCGAUGAAGUACGGUGCCAGCCUAUGCACAGAGUGAUGAAGAACGUAAACAAGUCGCCUGAAGUAAACGUCAAACGUUUAGGAAGUCAGUCACCAGUUAUUCCUCUGCAAGGACAAAUAUUCAGUGGGGAGAAAAGAUCUCCAGCAAUCGAUCUAACCAGUCCGAAACAAGGAAACUCCAAAUACCACUGGUACACGGGUGCAAAUGUGACCGAUUUCCUUAUGCUGGAUGAGGAUUCAAGUGAUUGUGGCAGUGUGUCAAUCAUUUCUGAGGCAACAACCAGUUCUGGAAUAUCUCACACAAAAAUAAACAAGAAGAAUCCUGACCUUGAAGAUAAAAGCUCAAGGUCAGCAAGAAAAUCUCGAACAAAAUCCAAAAUGGAUGACAAACAGACCAAAGACUUGAAUAACAAUGCCACUCCACAGCCAGGGGAGAGAAAAAGUGUGCGUAGUACAAGAAAAUCUGUGAAAAAGGACACAAUAUCUGAUAAGACACCUGCUCGGUCUAAACGUGGGUCAUUGGACAGUGACCAGGGGUCUGGAGUAUCCAAACAUAAACGAAGUAGAACUGAACCCAAAAAGUCAAAGAGGUUAGGGGUGAAAACACCAUCUGUGAACCAGGGUAGGAAAAGUGUGAGUCGAGUAUUGAGUAUGACGGACAAAGUCAAGCGUGUACCUACAGUUGUAGUGAAAAGAGUGUCUGAAAAUAAUUAUACAUCGAUGCGAAACAACACACCAGAUACAUCAGUGCGUCCCAUUCGUCGGAGAUUACAAACUGACAUUGAGGCAGCCAAACAGAGUGCGGCAAGGUCACAGCCUAGCAGACGGUCAAAAGCUGUUAUCAGGAAUAUGAAGGAACUGGAUGACAGUCUCUAUGAUCCCACCUAUACAGACUGUCCAGAAACUGAGUCAGAUGGUGAAGAUAAUGAUGAUUAUGAUGAUGGUGAUGAUGAAGUGUUUGAGAAAAAGAAGUCAUCUAGAACUCCCAAGAGCUCACGGAAGCCAUCAAAGUCAGCAAGUUCUGUGAAGACUCCCAGACAAGGCAAGACACCACGGGGCAAGAAAUCUUUCCUAGAUACAGUAACACCUUCAAUUCCGAAUCGCAAGAAAACAUUCCUGUCACCAACAAGUGCCCUUGAAGAGGCCAGAGCAAGACUACAUGUGUCAGCAGUCCCGGACAGCCUGCCCUGCCGAGAUAAUGAGUUCUCGGAUAUCUACACCUUUGUAGAGAGUAAAUUGAUGGAUGGAACUGGAGGAUGUAUGUACAUAUCGGGUGUGCCAGGCACGGGCAAAACAGCCACUGUGAGAGAGGUGAUGAGAUCACUGGUGCAGGGCUGUGAUGACGGCGAUGUCCCUCACUUCAAGUUCUUGGAGCUCAAUGGCAUGAAGCUUACAGACCCCAGACAAGCCUAUGUUCAUCUGCUGAAGGAUCUGACGGGUCAGAGAGCUACACCAGAACACGCCAUGGAACUACUGAACAAGAAAUUCAGCACACCAGGUCCCAGACGAGAGACCGUUGUCCUGCUUGUGGAUGAGCUGGACCUGUUGUGGACAAGAAAGCAGGACGUCAUGUACAACAUCUUCGACUGGCCUACAAAGCAGCAGGCAAAACUGGUUGUCCUGGCUGUGGCGAACACCAUGGAUCUCCCGGAGAGGAUCAUGAUGAAGAGGGUGUCCAGUAGACUGGGUUUGACAAGGAUGACAUUUCAACCAUACACAUUCCGUCAACUGGAGGAGAUUGUGGAGUCACGAAUGAAAGGUCUGAGAGUGUUUGAAGAAGAUGCAGUCCAGUUGGCUGCUAGGAAGGUUGCUGCAUUGUCCGGAGAUGCCAGAAGGGCGCUGGACAUCUGCCGCAGAGCGACUGAGAUCGCAGAGACGGAAGCCAAAACGAAGCAGACGGUCAUCAUGAUCGGGAUGAGGCAUGUUGAUGCUGCUCUACAGGAGAUGUUUACUUCCCCCAAAGUUGUGGCCAUUAGGAACCUGUCCAAGCACGAGAAGUUGUUUCUGCAGGCUGUCGUGGCCGAGUUCCAAAGGGCUGGGAUAGAGGAAGCCCAGUUCUCCAAGCUGUACACACAGCAUAUGUCUCUGUGCAGGUUUGAAGGUCUGGAACCACCAUCAACGACUGAACUGGCUGCCAUGUGUUCCCGACUGGGCAGCUCACGUCUGCUCCUGGUGGAGCAUGGUCGCAAUGACCUCCACAUGCGGGUCAGGCUGAAUGUCAGUCAGGAUGAUGUGUUGUAUGCCCUGAGAGAGAAAUCAGAAUACAGUUGAUGAACCCAGAGAUGGAAGUGUCCACACAAGAAAAAAUUCAUUGGUGGAGAUGAUUGAAGAGAUUUUGAACUUUGAUGCAUGUACGUUCGUCUCUCAGAGAGGUAUUUAUGGCGUAAGUGCUGUAUGUGAUCUGGUCUGUUUAAAGAUGCAGACAUCAGUUAUUGAGGAAGGACUUGAAGGAUGAGAUUUGCAUAUAUGUUGUCUCCAUCAGACCGUCCCGAUUUUACAAACAUACAGUGGAAUUGUGAUCAUCUGCCAAGUCAUCCUUGACAUUGAACAUGGUUAAGGAACAUUAUGGAAGUCAUCCUUCUCCUUGAACAUGGUCAAGAACUCUCUGAAAUUGUGUUGUCAGACACAUCGCAGCAUAACAUCCUUCAAGUGGUCUUUGACCAGGUUCCAUGGACCUGUUAUUUUCUUGUGGAAGUUUUUCCAAAUAUUAACAUGAACCUGUUCCAAGGAGUCCUCUUGGACUAGUGUUACCACGAAAUCACAUGAAAUUGUCUAUUAAAUGGUGACAGUUCACCAUCUUUCUAGUUGUUUGUGAAAUGUUACUAUGUGCUUUGCAAUGCUACUUUCUGCAGGGGACGAUUGGGUAGCCUAGUGGUUAAAGCGGUUGCUUGCAACAUCGAAGACCCCGGGUUCGAUUCCCCACAUGGGUACAAUUUGUGAAGCCCAUUUCUGGGGUCCCCUGCCGUGAUAUUGCUGGAAUAUUGCUAAAAGCGGCGUAAACCAUACCCACUCUCAUACUCUCUGCAGAUACUUACCAACAUCAGCCUGUCUAAAAUAACUAAGUCCGCCUAAUGUCACUUUCAUGUUAAGAAAAUGAAAUAAGGUAAUUGUAGACUAACAUGUCAAGGGGAUGGUUAAGGCUACGAGGACAGGUUUGAACAAUUUGUCAGUGUCUUUUUUUACAUUUUCAGGUAAGGAAAUUAAAAAAAAAAUAAUGUAUGUGAUAAUUCAUUUCUUCCUUUCAUAUCAAGCCUUGGAUGGAGGAUGUGGAGACCAAGCAUGAACUUUCUAUUUGCCAGUGAUACUGUUCUUAAACCUUUCCAUGUUUAUAAUGUAUUGGACAAAGUUUGGUGUGAAUGUGUGACGCCCUUGAAGUAUGUGUGUGAAUGAGACAAGUAUUUGUAUUGACUGAAUGUGAACCCGCCAGUUGACAGAAUGGAAUAUUUACUUAGCUUUCAGAUUUUUAUUUAUUGUUCUAGACAUCUAUAGUUAUUCUUUUACGGGAAUUAAAUUGCAACAGCGAAGGGAAGUUUAGAUUACAGGUAUACAACAUCAAUGUCAAACAAAGAUUGUGAGGUGUAACUUUUAGGAGAUUGAACUAUAAUUGGUCAAAGUCUAUAGCAAUGUGCCAUUACAUGAAACAUCGUAUUCUUUAAUUUGUGCAAUAAAGUAUGAUUAAUGUGUAGUUUUAUGGUUAUAAUCAGUUGUCACCAAUAAUGCAUUGAAACUGGAUGUAUUGAUGAUGAAAAAUAAACUGUGUCCUUGACUGAACAAAU